AUGUCAUUUGUUAGCUGGACCAAAUUAACGGUUAAGGAAUUACAGGACCUUUGUUUGACAUGUGGGCUUUCCACUGGAGGCAACAAGGAAGAAUUAGGAGAAAGAUUACAAAGAUAUUUUGAGAAGAAAAAAGGGAAGUUGCCGGAAAUACCUCAAGAGAAUAACGCCGAAUUGAGGGAGCUGUCAGAAGGUAGAAUCAAUGAGAUUGGUCAAAGAGUUUUCGCAGAUGAUAGGAUUGUUGACCUUGAAGGUGAUGACUUGGAAGUACUUUCUCAAGAAGCUGAUUGUAGAGUUGGAAAAGAAUUAGCUGCGCGCCUUCAAGAGAAAGAAAGGAUCGAUUCGUUCCCGGUUGACAUUUUUUUGUCAGCCUUAGGUAAUAUAGAAAAGAAGAUGGAUAGAAACUUCUCAGUUUUACACAAGGAGAUAGAAGAGGGAGAUUUAUUGGACAAGGCAUGGCCAGGCAUUAAGUUAUCGAAACCACGUGACCAGCAUGAAUACGAUUUUUUAGCUAAAGUAGGAAAACGACUAGAUAAAGCAAUUAAAGUGUUACCAGUAUCUACUAGGAAAGAAUUCAUCGGAAUUAGAGAAGAAAUAGAGGCUCGUGCAGUAAUACUGAGAUUAGCAGAUAACAAAGGCUGGAAAGCUGCCUUACAAAUAGUUGGAAAUGGUGACAAAAUGAUGAAAAAGUAUAAGGAUCGGAUUCCAGUUUUUAGUAAACCCUGGUCAGAAUCUACUUUUAGUAGAUGGAAAUAUGGGGAGAAUAUGGUUGGACAGGACGCCAAGGAUCGAUUACAUGUUUCAACUUUGGAGAAAUCGGUCAUAUCGCCUCAAACUGUCUCUCCACAAGUUCAAAGGCCUUUGGUAAACCUAAAAAUGACGAUUGACUACACUCAGGCCCCUUCGAAAAAACAAGUAAAAAAUAUGGAAUCAGUAGAUACGGCCAUCUCCAAUAGUUAUGGAUUGGUUAACAAAUGGCGUUCCUUUAUUUCCACGAGGCGCUUUGGUGCUCGCUGCAUAACCAGUUCCAAAACAAUAUCAUCUGACAGCAGAGCAAAGAGAGUAGGUAGAGGGGGAGAUAAAUCGGUUAAUAGGGACCUCAGCAAUU